AUGUCCGCUGCCGCUGCUCACGACGCUGCCUGUAUCUUUUGCAAGAUCAUCAAGGGAGAGAUCCCUUCUUUCAAACUCAUUGAGACUAAACAUGCGUACUCUUUCCUCGACAUCCAGCCCAUCGCCGAAGGCCAUGCGUUGAUAAUUCCCAAGUACCACGGUGGUAAGUUGCACAACGUCCCCGACGAGUUUCUAGCUGACGUGCUGCCCAUCGCCAAGAAGCUUGCGCGCGCCUUGGAAGUCGAUAAGGAGGGUCUAGAGAACCCAAUCGGCUACAACCUGCUACAAAACAACGGCAAGAUAGCCCACCAGGUGGUUGACCACGUUCACUUCCAUUUCAUCCCAAAGACGGACGCCAAGACCGGGUUGAUCGUCGGAUGGCCCGCUCAGGAGACGGAUUUCGAGAAACUGGGUCAAUUGCACAAGAAGCUUGUCGCUAGGCUGGAGCAAUAG